AUGGAAGCAAGCAGCUUUUUGUUGAAGCAAUUACCAAGCUGGAAUGGCUUGAGCCUGCCUUGGCUUCCUCGCUAUGUAGCCACCCCUUCUCCACAAUUCCUAUCUCAUAAAUCCCAUUUCCUUUCUCUCUCAACAUUCCAGCAAUCCCUUCCCAUUUGGAACAGCAGCUGUAAUGGUUCUACGAAGCCCAAAACCUCGACAAAAAAGAGAAGAUCGCGCAAUAGAAACAGCAGCAGCAAUAGCACUAGUAUUGAUAUCUCUAAACCAUAUACAACUGGUUCUAGUGGCAUUGGUGUUAGUAAUAUCCAUGCUCUUGCUGCUUCUGCUACUGCUAAACAGGUUGUGGUAGAAAAGCAAGAAAGGAAGAUGAGUGUGGGGACGCUUAAGGAGAAUGGAGACCCACUGGGGCGUAAAGAUCUUGGAAAGAGUGUCGUAAAAUGGAUUUCUCAGGCAAUGAGAGCAAUGGCUAGUGAGUUUGCUUCGGCUGAGGCGCAAGGGGAGUUUUCGGAAUUGAGACAGAGAAUGGGGCCUGGCUUGACGUUUGUUAUACAAGCACAGCCGUAUCUUAAUGCUGUGCCUAUGCCUCUUGGUCUCGAGGCUAUUUGCUUGAAGGCUUGCACUCAUUAUCCAACGCUAUUUGAUCAUUUCCAGAGAGAAUUGAGGGAUGUUCUUCAAGACUUGAAGCGCAACGGGUUGGUUCAACAUUGGCAAGAGACUGAGUCUUGGAAGUUGCUCAAAGAGCUUGCGAAUUCAGCUCAGCAUAAAGCAAUUGCACGGAAGGCAACUCAACCAAAGCCUCUCCAAGGUGUUUUAGGAAUGAAUUUGGAGAAGGCUAAGGCUAUACAGGGCAGAAUUAAUGAGUUCACAAAUCGAAUGUCUGAAUUGCUUCGUAUAGAGAGGGAUGCUGAAUUGGAGUUUACACAAGAAGAAUUGAAUGCCAUUCCUACACCUGAUGAAAGUUCUGAUUCAUCUAAACCAAUUGAAUUCUUGGUUAGCCAUGGCCAGGCUCAGCAAGAGCUCUGUGACACCAUCUGCAAUUUGUAUGCUGUUAGCACAUCUACAGGAUUAGGAGGAAUGCACUUGGUACUGUUUCGGGUUGAAAGGAAUCAUCGAUUGCCACCUACAACCCUUUCACCUGGAGAUAUGGUUUGUGUGAGAAUAUGUGAUAGCAGGGGUGCUGCUGCAACUUCUUGCAUGCAGGGAUUUGUGAACAACCUUGGGGAAGAUGGCUGCAGCAUCAGCGUGGCAUUAGAAUCGCGUCAUGGUGAUCCCACCUUCUCUAAGCUCUCUGGCAAGAGUGUGCGCAUUGAUCGUAUUCAUGGAUUGGCUGAUGCUGUCACAUAUGAGCGCAAUUGUGAGGCCCUGAUGCUGCUUCAGAAGAAUGGUCUGCACAAGAAAAAUCCUUCAAUUGCUACUGUGGCUACAUUAUUUGGUGACAAGGAAGAUGUUGCUUGGUUGGAGGAGAAUGAUUUGGCAAGUUGGGAUGAAGCAGGUUUCGAUGAACCUUUGGGGAAACCAUUUGAUGAUUCCCAGAGAAGAGCAGUUACCCUGGGGUUGAACAAGAAACGGUCAUUGUUGAUAAUCCAAGGGCCUCCUGGUACUGGGAAGUCAGGUGUGCUCAAGGAACUAAUUGCACUUGCUGUGGAGCAAGGUGAAAGGGUGCUUGUGACAGCACCUACGAAUGCAGCUGUUGACAAUAUGGUUGAAAAGCUAUCAAAUAUCGGGUUAGACAUUGUGAGGGUUGGUAAUCCAGCACGUGUUUCGUCAGCAGUUGCAUCAAAGUCUCUGGGUGAGAUAGUGAAUUCUAAGCUUGCAACUUUCAAAACAGAGUUUCAAAGAAAGAAGUCUGAUUUAAGAAAAGACCUGAGUAAUUGUCUAAAGGAUGAUUCUUUGGCUGCUGGUAUACGCCAGCUUUUGAAACAGCUUGGAAAGACGCUAAAGAAGAAGGAAAAGGAGACUGUGAAGGAGGUGCUAUCAAGUGCACAGGUAGUGCUUGCCACCAACACCGGAGCAGCUGAUCCAUUGAUUCGAAGGCUAGAUGCUUUUGACCUGGUUGUUAUAGAUGAAGCAGGGCAGGCAAUUGAACCAUCUUGCUGGAUUCCUAUAUUGCAGGGAAAGCGUUGUAUUCUUGCUGGGGAUCAAUGCCAGCUUGCACCAGUGAUCCUAUCUAGGAGAGCCUUGGAGAGUGGCCUUGGAAUCUCCCUCUUGGAAAGAGCUGCUACUUUGCAUGAAGGGGUCCUUGCAACCAAGUUAAUAACACAAUAUCGUAUGAACGAUGCAAUUUCCAGUUGGGCCUCAAAGGAGAUGUAUAGUGGACUACUGAAGUCAUCUUCAACUGUUGCUUCACAUCUCCUUGCAGAUUCUUCAUUUGUUAAGCCCACUUGGAUCACACAAUGCCCAUUGCUGUUACUUGAUACAAGAAGGCCAUAUGGAAGUUUGUCGGUGGGCUGUGAAGAGCAUUUAGACCCAGCUGGAACAGGCUCAUUUUAUAAUGAAGGCGAAGCAGAUAUUGUUGUGGAGCAUGUGUUCUCUUUAAUCUAUUCAGGUGUUAGACCAAUAGCUAUUGCAGUGCAAUCACCAUAUGUUGCUCAGGUACAACUCUUGAGGGAGAGGCUUGAUGAACUUCCAGAGGCAGAUGGUGUAGAGGUUGCAACUAUAGAUAGCUUUCAAGGCCGAGAGGCUGAUGCAGUAAUUAUAUCAAUGGUACGCUCGAACACUUUAGGAGCUGUUGGAUUCCUGGGUGAUAGUAGGCGAAUGAAUGUUGCCAUAACAAGGGCACGCAAACAUAUAGCAGUUGUUUGUGAUAGCUCAACAAUAUGUCACAACACCUUCCUGGCCAGGCUGUUGCGCCACAUUCGCUAUUUCGGUAGGGUUAAGCAUGCUGAGCCUGGUAGUUUUGGGGGAUCUGGACUUGACAUGAACCCAAUGUUGCCAUCAAUCAGCUAA